AUGGCCACACGCAACUUCAAGAGAGAUCCCACCCCGCAAAAGCGAAGUAACCUCUUCAAACUCCGCGCGGAAUUCAGAGAUGCGGUCUACGAACACCUCCUGACUGUCCCGACCAACAAAUACGGCACCGUCAAGCUCAUCCACGUAUCAAGCACCCCCAAGUCCUUGUUCUACGCUCUUCGCCGCAACGCGAGCGCUACCCUGAUGGCUGCUGAGAUCGAGCGACUCACCGUCGUUGUGGACGGCGAUGAUCCGCACCUCAUUGACAAUGUGGACGACUGGCACGACAUCCAGGAGAUUGAGAGGCAGCCCCUAGACCUCGCCACUGUCUGCACACUCCUAUACGGUUGCCCUCGUCUCAAGGAGCUUCACUUCGUGCUACCACAACACGAGCCCGGCCCCACGGUUGCAGAGGUGCGAUAUGAGUAUGUGCUCAGACGAGACGAGGUGGUGAGCGGUGCGCUGAGCUUGCCAAAGAGCCUGGAGGUUGUGACGAUGCGGAUGCCGAAGUGGAGUCACAUGCACCCGCAUAUGAUGGCUGGUCUAAGUGAGCGACAUUUCGAGGAGCAGAAGGAGCUCGAGUGGGGGCUGGGGCUGAGGAAAUUGGAGAAGGAGAUUGCUGAGGACAUUCUUGCUGUGGUUCGGAGCCCUCCACCGGAGCCUGUCUGCGGCUGCGCAACGAAUAUGCCGCAACUCACCUUCACCACGAUCAACCCGCAAACUCAGAGCCCGCUCUUCCGCCUGCCCCCAGAGAUUCGCAACGAGAUUUACAGCCUGGUAUUCUCCGACGUACGGACAGACCAUGGCGGCAGGUUUGAGCUCCACCCAGUCACGGAGAGGUUCUGGAGAGACAACAUCCCGCCAACGUCGGUCCUUUCCAUCUGCCGAACAUGCCGCCUAGUCAACACCGAGAUCUACGGCAUGUUCUCCGCCAUGCACGACUUUAGCAUGCAUUUCUUCUACUUGCGCGACGCCGAUAUCGAAGGGCGACUUUGCGACUGGGAGCGCCGCUUCAUCCUCAAGGUAGCUGAAGUUGAAAAGGUGACCAUUGGGCGAAUGACAGCAGAUGGAGUAGCCAGCUGCCUGAGAAGUCUUCGCUUCAACAAAGGAUUGAACAGUUUGCGGUUGGAGGUGAUCUGUGACCGUUACUGGGGAUCCAACCCACUGACAAUUUGCAAGCUACGUGAGCAGCUUCUGCAGGCGCGAUCCGACAUCGAAGCAGCGGCAAGCGGUUUGUCUCGCAGUCUACACACCAUCGGUGUUCCUCUCCCAAUACCUGGGAUCUUCAGACCCCCAAACGAACUGGACGAAGUGUGUCAAAAGGAGUGCAAGAAGAUUGCGGACGAGCUGAGCGGCUGGAUCAAGGAGGCACACAGGAAAGCGCAUGGGACUGAGCUUGUUCGUGACAACGAGCAGACUGCUUAG